AACGAAACGGAAUCCGUUUCCGUGUUUUAUCCCUACCCGAUAUAAAUACCGCUUUCGUAAAAUGAUUUAUUUACACUUUGCAGAUAUAAAUACGACUUGCGUCAAAACUGAUCUAAUAAACGCCCAAUGAUGUUGCCCGCGCGCAUGAAUCUAUUAUUUUGUUUUGAUUUUGGCCUAAUUCACAACUCGCCAAACUGUAUAAAACGCGGUUGUGGGCAAAAUACGAGAGAAUAACAACCAUGCACCUUCAAUUAUAUGUAACAAAUGCAGUAAUCUACGUUUCCAAUUUUCCUAUAUAUGCGACCAUUUUUAUCAAUACCGGUAUAUAUAUUGUGCAGAUAUAAAUACCACUUACUCAAAAAAUCGAAACACUUUGCAGAUAUAAAUACCACUUACGUCAAAAAUUCUCCCAGGGAUUUAUGCUGUAAUCACCUAAUAAUAGUUCAGGAUUGGUUAUAAAUAUCGGUGAUAAAUAAAAAUUGUUGCUCAUUGUCAACGUCUGCGCAGGAGGCUACUCAUUAUCACACUUCUCGCUAAAGUUAAGAUCAAAGUAAAACGUUGAACAUGGCAGACGAAAUUGUUGGUUUUUUGCACAACCUUUCUCCGCUAAAGCAUAGCGACAAGACCAAAUAUUUCGAUGUACAAGUGCAGACCAAAAAUGGCAUCGUUCGUGGGAUUUGCUUUGCACACCAGAAACGUGGCGAGUUUGAAACCUUCUCCAACACAAAGUCACCUGUGAAAAUGAAAAAUGUUUCGCAGAAAGACGAAGGUCAUCAUAGAACCAUACUUAUGAACUCGCGUACGCAACUCGAAGAAACAAAUGUUGAUUUUGAUUUCGUUGAAAUUCCCCCCAUUGAAAAUAUUUCGUCUUUGUCGGCAAUCAACGAAAACCAAUUGGUGACUUUAAAAGCAAAGGUAGUUCAACUUUCUGGUGAAAAAAUUAUCACAACAAGAUCGGGGCCAAAGAAGAAGAGAGAAGGAUUCCUUGUCGACCCAUUCGGCUCCAUACGAAUUGUGAUAUGGGAGAGCUUUUGCGAGGACGUCGAAGAUGGCGAGACGUACAAUUUUAAAAACAUCAGAGUGAAAAAUGAUUCAAGUGAAGUGUACGUCACAACUCCUCCCAACGGCUGUUCAAUUGUGUCUACCAGUCCAUUUGAAGGAAUCCUCGUUAGUCCUUCAAAGUUGCCAGACAGCUUCACAACAACAACCGUCAUCGCUGAUAUAGAGGGUAUAUCCAACUUCAACGCUUAUAUUUCCUGUAGAAGUUGUAACAAGAAAAUCCAUUCACCCGCUUCAACAAUUGUCAAAUGCGGCGUUUGUGACAUGAGGCAAAAGAAAGAAACAUGUCCACCUCAUUUCCAUUUGCAAAUGCUUCUCAACACACCCACUGGCAUUGUCACUGUAACCAUCUUCGAUGAUAUCAUCGCUAAGAUAGUAACAAUUGAUAAGGCGGUGCUCACGACAGAGAUGGAAGAAGUAAUAACCUCAACGAUGCUCGCCCUUCCUGCUGUGGAGGUGUCCUUUAAGAACAAUUCGAAGAUUGUUACUGACUUAAAAGUUCCUGAUGAUUAA